AUGGUGCGCCAAUUUCAAGAUAACAUGCAAGCAAGAGUCCAAGACAGCGGAGACUACUCCAAGCCUUUUCCUGUCUCAAAUGGUGUGAAGCAGGGCUGUGUGCUGGCUCCAACGCUUUUCAGCAUAAUUUUCACAGCUAUGCCGAAAGAUGCCUUUUGCACAGAAAGCAUUGGAGCUGGUUUACGAUAUCGCACUCAUGCAAGUAUAUACGGUGCUCAAAGACUUAAGGCAAGGACCAAAGUAAAGUAUGGCUACAUCAGAAACCUGCUAUUCGCCAACGCCUGCAAAAAUUUUGGCCUCACCAUAAAUGUAAAAAAGAAGUGCUGCACCAACCUCCUGGAAAUAAAUCUUUCACAAAACCAGCCAUUCUUAUAG